CGCCCGGCGCUGAGAUUCGUGCCACCUGCCUCGAACACCACGGAGGCGAGAGGAACCCAGAGAGCUCGGCCUCUCGUCCCGUUCUCGAAAAGCAGCCAGCCUAUCGUGACGGAGCCGGGAGAAGGCUAGCGUUUCAAUUCUGUGCAGGACUGGGAUUCUUCUUCUCAAAAUUUGGGGGAGCCGGAGUAGAGGUCAGAGGGACAGGCAAGGAUCUCAAAAAGGGACCGAGGGUUGUGAACAUGGUUACCCCCUCCUAUCAUUGGAAAAUCUCCUUGACAUUUUUCACACUUUGAAGCAGCUGCAGCUGGUGUCGUCGGAAAAGGGGGUGGGAAAAAAGAGAGGGGGCGGGGAGAGCGGUGAGACAGCCAAGAGCCAUGAGCGGCGCCUCCUCGCCUGCCAAUCCUGGCACCUGUGCGCCGAGCCACUGCACCGAGGAGGACCCUACUCCGGGUGAACACCGGGCUUGAAGCCACGGACACCCAGCCCCUGUGCAGCGGGUUCUCGCCGGCGGGACCUGCAGCCGCCCACUCGGGCCACCGCCACCGCCUCCUGCAGUUGCGGAGCGCUCAGCCCCUCCGAGACGCCCGCUGUGCCCUGGCCCCUGGGGAUCCUCGCCCUCCACAGGCGCGGCAACGGGCAGGGGUUGUUACGGAGUUGGGUGCAGGAUUCGCCUUUCCUGCUCGUCUCUUCUCCGCCCAGGAUUUAUUGUCUGUGGAGCCUUCUGGGGGCGGGGAGGGAGCUGCGCCUCCGCCACCGCCGCCGCCGCUGCUGCUGCGGUCGCUAGCGCGGCGCGCUGGGCAGGCUGAGGCUGGGCAGUGGACGCGCUCCUGCCUCCCCCGCCGGCGCUUCGGGCUUCCCCUCGGCCGCUUCCCGCGGGAACCUCUCCAGCCGUCCACCUGAAGGGCACUGGCAUCAUGGUCUAACGUGGCACCUUCCUGGAUUCCCCUCUAUCUCCUGUUCUUCCUACCUUCUACUCCUUCCCUCCUCUUCUCCUCCUCCGAGGACCCUGGCGCCCACUCCACUACGGACCCCUGAACACUUAAGGAAUAACCCUUGGCAGCUGCACGACUACGCUCUCCGAAACCUCAUGGGCAGUUUCUCCCGCCGGCGAUGAUGGAGAACCUAAUAAGGGGAAGGAAUCCCCCGCAAUACCAGAGAAGUCCUUGUAAAGAGGUUCGUGCAGCACUUCGGAAGAGGCCUGAAGAGGAGUUGCAGUGCCUGGAGAUGACCACCAAACGGAAAAUCAUCGGCCGUCUGGUGCCAUGCCGAUGUUUCCGAGGUGAAGAAGAAAUCAUCUCAGUUUUAGAUUACUCCCACUGCAGUCUUCAGCAGGUGCCAAAGGAGGUCUUUAACUUCGAACGAACAUUAGAGGAGCUUUAUCUAGAUGCCAAUCAAAUUGAAGAACUACCCAAGCAAUUGUUCAACUGUCAAGCUCUACGAAAACUAAGUAUUCCUGAUAAUGACCUUUCAAAUCUGCCAACCACUAUUGCUAGUUUAGUUAAUCUUAAAGAACUCGACAUCAGUAAAAAUGGUGUACAAGAAUUUCCAGAAAACAUAAAGUGCUGUAAGUGUUUAACAAUUAUUGAAGCCAGUGUCAAUCCCAUUUCUAAACUCCCUGAUGGCUUCACACAGCUCCUAAAUCUGACCCAGCUCUACCUGAAUGACGCCUUUCUUGAAUUUCUUCCAGCCAAUUUUGGAAGACUUGUCAAAUUGCGGAUCUUGGAGUUAAGAGAAAAUCACUUGAAAACUCUACCAAAGUCAAUGCACAAACUGGCCCAGUUGGAAAGACUUGACCUAGGCAAUAAUGAAUUCGGUGAGCUGCCUGAAGUUCUGGAUCAAAUACAAAAUUUGAGGGAGUUAUGGAUGGAUAAUAAUGCAUUACAAGUGUUACCUGGGUCUAUAGGGAAGUUAAAGAUGUUGGUAUACCUGGAUAUGUCAAAAAACAGAAUAGAAACAGUUGACAUGGACAUUUCUGGAUGUGAAGCCCUUGAGGACCUCUUAUUGUCAUCCAAUAUGUUGCAACAAUUGCCUGAUUCUAUAGGACUUUUGAAAAAACUAACAACUCUAAAAGUAGAUGACAAUCAACUUACAAUGCUACCCAAUACAAUUGGAAAUUUAUCUUUAUUAGAAGAAUUUGACUGUAGCUGUAAUGAACUGGAGUCACUACCUUCUACUAUUGGCUACCUUCAUAGUCUUCGGACAUUAGCAGUUGAUGAGAAUUUCCUUCCAGAAUUACCCAGAGAAAUUGGAAGUUGUAAGAAUGUAACAGUCAUGUCUCUACGCUCCAAUAAAUUAGAAUUUCUUCCUGAGGAGAUUGGACAGAUGCAGAAACUAAGAGUCCUAAAUUUGAGUGACAACAGAUUGAAGAAUUUACCAUUCUCAUUUACCAAACUUAAAGAGCUUGCAGCUUUGUGGCUUUCUGACAAUCAGUCCAAAGCCCUUAUCCCUUUACAAACAGAAGCCCAUCCAGAAACAAAGCAAAGAGUAUUGACUAACUACAUGUUUCCCCAGCAGCCUCGUGGUGAUGAAGAUUUCCAGUCAGACAGUGACAGCUUUAACCCUACACUGUGGGAAGAGCAGAGACAACAACGCAUGACUGUUGCCUUUGAAUUUGAAGACAAAAAAGAAGAUGACGAAAAUGCCGGGAAAGUUAAGGAUCUCUCCUGCCAAGCCCCCUGGGAAAGGGGCCAGCGUGGGAUUACUCUCCAACCUGCCAGACUGUCUGGCGAUUGCUGCACACCAUGGGCCAGGUGUGAUCAGCAGAUCCAAGAUAUGCCCGUCCCCCAGAAUGACCCACAGCUGGCAUGGGGUUGUAUAAGUGGCCUCCAGCAGGAAAGGAGCAUGUGUACUCCAUUGCCAGUUGCAGCACAAUCCACCACUCUUCCCUCUCUAAGUGGCAGACAGGUUGAAAUAAACCUAAAACGAUAUCCAACUCCUUACCCAGAGGAUUUAAAGAAUAUGGUAAAAUCUGUUCAAAAUUUGGUGGGUAAGCCAAGCCAUGGAGUGCGUGUUGAGAAUUCAAAUCCAACUGCUAACACGGAGCAAACUGUGAAAGAAAAAUAUGAACACAAGUGGCCGGUAGCCCCAAAGGAGAUUACAGUGGAGGAUUCUUUUGUUCAUCCAGCUAAUGAAAUGAGGAUUGGGGAACUUCACCCUUCAUUAGCUGAGACCCCUCUGUACCCACCCAAACUUGUUCUGCUAGGGAAGGACAAAAAAGAAUCAACUGAUGAGUCUGAAGUUGACAAAACUCACUGUCUGAAUAACAGUGUUUCCUCAGGCACUUACUCAGACUACUCGCCUUCCCAGGCUUCCUCAGGAUCCUCUAAUACCCGGGUUAAAGUGGGGUCCUUGCAGACAACAGCUAAAGAUGCAGUACAUAAUUCUUUGUGGGGUAACAGGAUUGCACCAUCUUUCCCACAGCCUCUUGAUUCAAAGCCAUUACUCAGCCAGCGGGAGGCUGUUCCCCCAGGCAAUAUACCACAGCGUCCUGACCGGCUGCCCAUGAGUGAUACUUUCACUGACAACUGGACUGAUGGCUCGCAUUAUGACAACACAGGGUUUGUUGCUGAGGAAACCACAGCUGAGAAUGCCAACAGUAAUCCUCUCUUGAGUUCGAAAUCUAGAAGCACAUCUUCGCAUGGACGCAGGCCCUUGAUCAGGCAAGACAGGAUUGUUGGUGUUCCCCUGGAACUCGAGCAGUCUACACACAGACACACACCAGAAACAGAAGUGCCUCCUUCCAAUCCUUGGCAGAAUUGGACCAGAACCCCUAGUCCGUUUGAAGACAGGACUGCUUUUCCUUCCAAAUUAGAGACCACCCCUACUACCAGCCCAUUGCCUGAAAGGAAAGAACAUAUAAAGGAAUCUACUGAAAUACCUAGUCCUUUUUCUCCAGGUGUACCAUGGGAGUAUCAUGAUUCCAAUCCCAACAGGAGUCUUAGUAAUGUCUUCUCUCAAAUCCACUGCCGCCCGGAAUCUUCUAAAGGUGUUAUUUCAAUUAGCAAAAGCACAGAGAGGCUUUCCCCCCUAAUGAAAGAUAUCAAGUCUAAUAAAUUCAAAAAGUCACAGAGUAUCGAUGAGAUUGACAUUGGUACAUAUAAGGUGUAUAACAUACCAUUAGAAAACUAUGCUUCUGGGAGUGAUCACUUAGGAAGCCACGAACGACCAGAUAAGAUGCUGGGACCAGAGCAUGGUAUGUCCAGUAUGUCUCGAAGCCAGUCAGUCCCGAUGCUGGAUGACGAGAUGCUCACCUACGGAAGUAGUAAAGGGCCACAACAACAAAAAGCUUCUAUGACAAAAAAAGUCUAUCAGUUUGACCAAAGCUUCAAUCCUCAAGGAUCAGUGGAAGUGAAAGCCGAAAAGAGGAUACCACCCCCUUUUCAACACAAUCCCGAGUACGUGCAACAGGCCAGCAAAAACAUCGCCAAGGAUUUGAUUAGUCCUAGAGCUUACAGAGGAUACCCACCCAUGGAGCAAAUGUUUUCAUUUUCUCAGCCAUCUGUGAAUGAGGAUGCUGUGGUAAAUGCCCAGUUCGCAAGCCAAGGGGCCAGGGCGGGCUUCCUGAGAAGGGCCGACUCCCUGGUGAGCGCCACAGAAAUGGCCAUGUUUAGAAGGGUCAAUGAGCCUCAUGAGCUGCCCCCAACUGAUAGGUACGGCAGACCCGCAUAUAGGGGAGGGCUGGAUCGCCAAAGCAGCGUUACAGUGACUGAGUCCCAGUUCCUGAAAAGGAAUGGCAGGUAUGAAGAUGAACACCCUUCAUAUCAAGAAGUGAAAGCUCAGGCGGGAAGUUUUCCAGUUAAAAACCUUACCCAAAGGAGGCCAUUGUCUGCGAGAAGCUACAGUACAGAGAGUUACGGUGCCUCCCAAACCAGGCCAGUUUCAGCUAGGCCUACUAUGGCAGCUCUUUUGGAAAAAAUACCAUCUGACUAUAACUUGGGUAACUAUGGUGACAAGCCAUCAGAUAACAGUGAUUUAAAGACGAGGCCUACUCCUGUGAAGGGAGAGGAGAGCUGUGGUAAAAUGCCUGCAGACUGGAGACAACAGCUGCUUAGACAUAUAGAAGCUAGACGGUUAGACAGGAAUGCUGCUUACAAACACAAUACAGUUAACCUUGGCAUGCUGCCCUAUGGAGGUAUUUCAGCAAUGCAUGCAGGCAGAAGCAUGACUUUAAACUUGCAGACUAAGUCUAAAUUUGAUCAUCAAGAACUACCUCUUCAGAAAACCCCGUCCCAGCAAAGCAACAUUUUAGACAAUGGACAAGAAGAUGUAUCUCCUAGUGGCCAAUGGAAUCCUUAUCCACUUGGGAGGCGGGAUGUACCUCCGGACACCAUUACUAAAAAGGCAGGCAGCCACAUCCAGACAUUGAUGGGGUCCCAAAGCCUUCAGCAUCGCAGCCGGGAGCAGCAGCCAUAUGAAGGAAAUAUAAACAAAGUGACCAUCCAGCAAUUUCAGUCACCAUUGCCUAUUCAGAUCCCCUCUUCACAGGCCACCCGGGGACCUCAGCCUGGACGGUGCUUAAUUCAAACUAAAGGGCAAAGGAGUAUAGAUGGAUAUCCAGAGCAGUUUUGUGUGAGAAUAGAAAAGAAUCCUGGCCUUGGAUUUAGUAUCAGUGGUGGAAUUAGUGGACAAGGAAAUCCAUUCAAACCUUCUGACAAGGGUAUCUUUGUUACUAGGGUUCAGCCUGAUGGGCCAGCAUCAAACCUACUGCAGCCUGGUGAUAAGAUCCUUCAGGCAAAUGGACACAGUUUUGUACAUAUGGAACAUGAAAAAGCUGUAUUACUACUGAAGAGUUUCCAGAACACAGUAGACCUAGUUAUUCAACCUCUUACAAUGAAACAUGGCAAUAAACAAAAUCUCAUUUACUGUUGGAAAGAUCUGGGAGCAAUGUUAGAAGAAAAGUUAACAAAAAGGUAAAAGGAUUUUAGAGCCAAUAUAACUACUAAUAAUGAAAAUACCUGUGAGAAAAUCAUUCCCAACUAGAUGACUACCUAUUACAAAUAAAUACUUUUCUCUAACCUAUUUCUUUGUGUUCAGAAGUCAAGCCUAAUAUGUGAAGUCAUAUUUUCUACAGUACAAUCUAUAUUCUUUUUCUAUAUCUACAUUCUCUGUACUUUUCUCCAGUUAUUGUCUGCAUUAAGUUGUGUUGAAUAACCCACUCAGCUGGUUUUAUACUAUUUACUUUCAGAAAAUAAACAAUGUG